AUGUCGCAGUCCGACGGCCGUACCAGCGGUUCCCGUUCGGCGAAGAACCCGAGGUUGCCGAGCCCGGAGACGUCCGCGACGGCGUCGUCGUCGUGUGGGUGGGGGCGCACGAGCGUCGAUCCGGUCAUCCUGAUGGCGGCAGGAGUUCCUCGCCGCUCCCGGCCUUCCCCCGGUCGUUCUCAGUCGAGACGCCCGGUAUCCGGGACGGCACGAGAGACGCUUGGCCCACGAGCCCCGGCUUCGCUGCAGACCCCGCGGCCCCGAACGACGACCUUUCUCCUUCCGCCCCCCUGCACGCGCAUAUUGUUCAUGGAAGUCGGGCGAAGCCCUUUCCUCCCUCACUUCGUCAGGCCGCCGAGGUGGGACGCCUGGGUGACAGCUUACAGAUAUCUCUCUUUCUCUCGCACAGCAGCAGGAGACAUGGCGGCAAUGACGGACACGGUGCCUGAAAUAACCACGCUAUUCUCCCUGACAGAUGACACCCGAGAGAUGGUCGAUGAGGCCAGAGCGCGAGAGCUGGUGGAUGCGGCCCUCGGCGACCGUGACCCGGCUUCGAUAACGAGGGUGCGAUUGUCCAACAAGAGCUACUCAGCGGAGGCCGCCAAGGUCAUCGGCGAGGCUCUAGAGAAGAUGACCAGCGUUACAGAGGUCGAUUUCAGCGACAUCAUCGCUGGGAGGCCCAAGGAGGUGGGGCUGGAGGUGCUGGCCGCCGUUUGCGGGGGCGUGAGGGAGCGGGAGGGACUGACGUUCGUGGACGUGAGCGAGAACGCCAUGGGUCCGGACGGGGUGGAUGCCUGUCGGCCGGCGAUCGAGGGGAAGAAGGAGCUGAGGGCCCUGCUCAUGUGCAACGACGGGCUGUCGGCGGCUGCGAUGGAGGCUGUUCGGGACAUCUUGUUGGCGACCUCCCCUGCUGCCCUGCGGACGCUUCACUUCUACAACAACAUGAGUGGCGACCUGGGGGCUAAGGCUCUAGCUCAGGUGUUACCCAAGUGCCCGAACCUUUCCGACUUCCGCUUCUCGGGGACAAGAUCGGGCCGGGAAGGAUCUGCCGCCGUUGUCCAGGCAUUGCUUGAGUGCCCCGCGGCUUCUGCCGGUCUCCUGGAGCGCUUGGACCUUGCCGACAACACCCUGGGGGAGGAAGGGGGCCGAGUCCUUGCCGAGGCUUUGGCGACGCAGCCUUCCUUGACGUACGUGAACCUGAGCGAGUGCGACCUCGGGGACGAAGGAGCCGCCGCCGUGGCGAAGGCGCUCAGCGGCACUGCGCCCGGCGUGCGCGAGCUGGAGUUCUCGUACAACGAGCUCACAGCAGAGGGGGCGGCGGCGGUGGCCGCCUGCGCGGAGAGAAAGUCCGCGUCUCUGGAGUACCUGGGCCUGGAGGGCAACGAGAUGGGGUCGGCCGGGGCGAAAUCGAUUGCCAAGGCCCUGGCACCCGCCCGCGUCAUCCGCAAGGUGCAGCUGAGCACCAAUGAGAUCGGAACCUCAGGGGCCCUGGCUGUGGCACGAAGCUUGCAGGACAAAAAAGACUUGGAGAGCUUGGAGCUGAACGGGAACAUGAUCAGCGCUGAAGGAUUGACGCGACUCAGCAGGAUCCUUGAGUCAGCGGAAAAACUCGAUGCACUCGGCGAGAUGGACGACAACGAUGAAGACGGUGAUGAGGAGGAGGACGAGGAGGAGGAGGAAGAAGAAGAGGAGGAGGAGGAAGGGGAAGACAAGGGCGGGGAGACCGCUGCGGCGGAGACUGCUCCUAAAGACGAUGCCGAGAUAGACGAGCUCGCAGCCGCUCUUGGGGCUGCCACGGUUUGAUUGGGCUUUCGAUCUCAGCUCUGGCGUGGACGAGGGAAGGGGGUGCCACGGCAUCUACAUAGAGUACGCUUGCUGCUGUCGAGCCAAUCUCCCUCCGCCUCUCGAUUAUUUGACCUUUUGACCGAACAUCCACGGACUGACUGUUUUGGUCCUUUCGCUUCGGUUCGCUUGGUUUUUGCUCUCUUCGUGUGUUGUAUGAUGUGUACUAUUUUUUUCUGUUGUAAAAUGAGGGCAUACACGUUCAGAGCACUUUCGUGAUACUGCUGUACCUGCGUUCAUCUUCUCUCGUCGAUUCUUCUGUGUGCUGUAGUUCGACCGACGCCCGCCGUUCGAUUCAACGAUCCCCGGGUUCUGGUGGCUAUUUAGUCUGUGUUUGCUUUCGGAUGCUGUGUUUGCUCCGGCUUGUGCUGUGCCGUCCCGUUUUUUGUGAAAAUAUGAAAUGAAGUAUUUAGUGUUUUCCGAAAACGCUUGGUUCUACGUUUUGGUGUGAAUGCGCACGUCGUUUACCGCCUUAUGUUCGGUGGAGGGACUAUUUCCUCGCACACUGCUUUUGACACGUUUUGAGUCAUGCCGAUUUGCGGGUUGUCAUCAUGAUUAAUGGCAGCAGGCCGCUUGAGAACGCCCAAUAAACACCGAAGUACAUUUUACGUCGGCAUGGCACGGCCGUGGAAGAAGCAGUACAAGCCUCACUCUGCUACUGGUG